UUGGUAAAAACUUCACUUUGGUGCAAAUUGUGUUUUCCAGGUGAAAGAAAAAAGUUUUCUUCCACAAAAAUUGCCCCAAUUUCCGCAAAAGGAGGCCCUCCUCGCGGCGUAGAUGAGUACAUUUCCAACUGAGGGUCGCUCCUCCACAUCAUCCGGCAUGGAUUGGAUAUGCAGCGAUCCGGACUGCAAGAAUUUGAACUUUGCACGGCGCACACACUGCAACCGGUGCCAGCGUGAACGGGCUCUGGAUGGGGCGGCGAAGAAGAAGCUGGGCACGGAGAUCGGCAAGGCGGCGGCCGAGAAGAGCCGGGGUCUGUUCAGUGCGGAAGAUUGGCAGUGCAGCAAAUGUGCCAAUGUGAACUGGGCGCGCCGACAGACGUGCAACAUGUGCAACAGCCCCAAGUUCUGCGACGUCGAGGAGCGCACCGGCUACGGUGGUGGGUACAACGAUCGCGGUGUUGUGGAGUACAAGGAGCGCCACGAUUCGGACGAUGAGUACGAUGAGUUUGGGCGCAGGAAGCGGCGCAAGGAUGAACGAUCACGUUCCAGUGGGCGAGAGAAGGUGAAACGACGCUCACCAACACCACCACCACCGCCGCCGCCGGCGCCGGCACCAGUUACACGCGAGGAAAGCGAUGAGGAAGAUGACGAGGAUGGUGGUGACCUGUCCAAGUAUGACCUUUGGGGCUCUGACACCGAAGAACCGGACUCCAAAGUGCCGGAACAGCCCUCCGCCGCGGCGGCAAAACGUUCUCGCUCCAAGUCAUCAACACGUUCGCCCCCACGUCGUCGUGCUCGUCGCUCAAGAUCCACUUCCACCACCACCUCGAGCAGCUCCGAUUCUUCCUCCAGUCGUGACAGGAAGCAUUCUCCACGCGGCCGAAGGCGCUCCCGUAGCCGCUCACCACCACCCAAAUACUCCUCACGCCGACGCUGAGCGUCGUGAAAGGGCAGUGAUGAUGAAGAAAAAGACUUACCCACGGCCACGGAUUCACCUCCGUUUUGGCACCUAAAUUAUAUUAAUUAUUAUUCAAUCUCUCUGCAGGUGGGACAGCCCCAUCACCUCUAGUGAUUAUUCUCAGAGUAUUUUCUUUUCAUGCGACGGAAGCAUUAAUAGAACGCGCGCAAUAUGUUUUUGCAAAAAAAUCCUAGAAUAUUUAAAUGUUAGAAAAUUCACUGCUGAAAGAAAAUUCCACAGUCAAAUUAUCCAAAUAAAAUCCGGAAAUUUGAGUUAAAA